AUCAAGAGGAACAGAUACAGACAAGACCAGCGAGUGACGGGUUGAUGGCGGAUGACAUUGAUGACCUGCUGGAUGAGGUUGAGCUGAGUCUUUCCAAUGACAGCCUCGGCUCUAAAGGGAGCUCCUCGUCCUACAGGAGUUCUUCACCCGGCAGGAAAGGGGUGAAGCACAGCAAGAGUUCAAGCGAGAGUGUCAGGACGGAUGACCUGCGGGACCUGCUGGAUGACCUCGAGGACCCGCCGCUGCGUCCAUCCGUCACCCCACACUCAGGCAGCUCCUCGGUGCAGGGAGGCAGUUCCCGAUGCAGCGGCCCUCGCCUGGCGGGGACGUCGGUGCUUCAGGGCAUGGCCACGGACGCCACCCUCAGGGCAUGCGACAACCUGAGGUGCCUGGACUGUGACUUAGCGGUGCUGGCAGCGGACGGCUUCUGCUGGGACGACACCACCGACUACCUCUUCCUGCGCAACAACUACCCAGACAUGGCCAGCCUGCGCGCCCGCCUCGAGCCUCAGCGCGGCGUCCGAGCCUACGCCUGCCAGUGCCAAUGCCGCUCAGUGGACGAGCCGCUCACCGUGGCCUCCGACGGGUCACUCAAGUGGGUGUGCGCCGGACACGGCCUCGACACCCUUGACUGACCUCCGACACGACUCUGUCAAGGAUAUACACAACAACAUUGGUUCAGAAGCUCCCAGCAAGUGUGUUUCUAGAGGUAGAUUAAAGCCUAUAUCUUUAAACGUAUCGGCGCCUCAGUUCACCUGUUUGAAAAGCCUCUUGUAGAAGUUGUUACUGGGCUUUUCAUGGGCUGUUUUGUGGUGCUGGUGAUGGUUUUACGCGACCCCUUCACCCGGAACUGGAAAACCACCCAUGAAAACCCGGUUAAUCUUCUCUGUGGGCUUGGGAAAUUGUCGUAUUGGGAGCUGAUGCAUUUAAGAAUAUGGACUUAACCAUGACGUUUGGCCGGGUACAGGAGCAAGAAGAGAUGGAGGAAUAGAAGUAGGUGAUUUAUUUUUCCUAAGAGAAAUAUAUUUAUUAUUCAUAAGAUUUGCAGGAGUUCUCAUUACCUGCAUAAAGUCGUACAUUCCACAGGUACAGUCACCGUUGCCAGAUUACCAUACUGAGAACAUCGUAUUUUCCUGUUUCUGACCCGUAACAGUUGCAGAAAAACGUCGAAUAUUAACCAUUUGAAAAACACUAAUUGUAAAUGUGUAUCGUUGUCAGUGUAGGUGCAACAGUUUUGGGCCUUAAGCAGACAGAAAAAACAUGCCUAGUACAACAAUCUGGUAACUCUGGGCACUGUAUGUAAUAGUUGUUACCUGAAUAAUCCGUCCUGGCUACAAGCUUUACCUACUACACUUAAGGAAACUUCAGGGAUGCAAACCCCUGUACAUGUACUAGUAGCUAGUCACUCAGCCAACCAGUGCACCAGCUUUCUAAUGCUAUUAUAUUCCUUAGAGGCCAAGUCAGUCUGUCAGUCUAUCAGUGAGUCAAAGGGGUAAUAUUGUCUUCUUAAUGGAUCAGAAACUAGUCAGUUGUCUCUGCUAAUAAACUACUUGUCCUUCAAAACAGUUCAUAUCAUUUAACUUUCACAGGAAUAUCUAUAAUAAGUUUGUCUAUCAGCUCUAGUCAAAAAGAUAAUACUGUCUCCUUGUUGGGCAGAAAACUAUCCAAUGUCUUAGUAAAUCUUCUGUUUUCAUCUCUUAUGUACUAAUAAACUCGUGACUAUG